ACCAUUCAUAUCGACGCCCUGGUGGAAAAUGAGACAAUUUUCAUCACCCUGGAAAUUCAUGGAGGGUUUUCCAACAUCGAGCCCCCCCUUUGGCACGAAGACGUCCAAACCACUUUGGGGCGGCAGUGCAUACGGCCGGGUUUUCGGCGUUGUCUCUGUCGGGGGGGCUUCCAUAAAAAAACUUCCCAAAUCUCGAUGAAGAGCACCUCCACCAAAUGGAGGGGACAAUUCAUUCGGCUUAUCAGUGCCUAGGCACGAAUUUUUUUUUUUCGUGUCCCCUUUGUCCUAUCCGCGUAUUGUUUAAAGCUCAGAUAAGACGACGAAUUUGAGAUCUCGGGUUUAUGCAAGGAUCAUCAAUUAUCGCACCGGCCUCUUGAGCUCUGCCUUGAAACAUCGGCUCGAACAGCCCCGCGCGUGCAAAAAUCUUUUGGGAGACAUGGUUUUCGAGAGGAAGACGAUCUUUGUCGCCGGCCUUGGCAUGGUGGGCAUUGCUUUCAUCGAGAAGUUGCUCAAUCUAGAUGAACAAUGCAGGUACGAGGUGAUAACGUGUGGAGAGGAGGCUCAUUUAGCGUACAAUCGUGUUGCGCUCACAGAGUAUUUUCAACAUCGAUCCGUCGAGAAGCUGUACCUCAAUUCUCCCGAGUGGUAUCGCCAACAAGACCCGUCUCGUUUCGUGUUCUACACGGGCGAGAAAGUCAUUUCAAUUGAUCCCGAGGCUAAGGUUGCUACGACCGACAAUGACAAGAGGAUCUUUUACGACUACUGUGUAAUCGCAACAGGCUCAAAUGCUGCCCUCCCUCCGUAUAUCCGCCCUGAACGCGCUCAAAGAAUUCGAGGCGUUUUCGUUUACCGAAAUCUCUCAGAUCUUGAUGACCUCAUUGCAUACUCUCAAACAGAGGGCGUGAAAGGAGGCGGUUUACUUGGACUCGAAGCUGCCAAAGCCGUCUACGACCUCCCCGAUAUCAAGGAUGUUUGUAUCGUGAACCGCCAAGCGUAUCCUCUCUCUCGACAGCUCGAUGCGGAUGCAGGGGAGCUCGUGUUGCAUCGUAUCGAGGCUCUUGGGGUUAAAGUCUUCACAAAUGCAGCAGUGAAAGAAAUAUUGACGAUCCCUGCUCCGAAAGGCGAUGCCGAACUGGAUGACGGCAAGGAAGACCUUUUUACUGGCAUCGAGUUCAACGACGGAACGGUCCUCGACUGUCAACUGAUUAUCUUCGCGAUCGCUGGCGAGGCCUCUGGCAUAACCUGCCAUCCCAAGGGAGGAAUUUCAAUUGGUGACAAUCUCAUGACAAGCGCUCAAGACGUGUACGCGAUCGGUGAAUGUGCCAACUGGAGAGGUCAUACCUACGGUCUGAUUGGACCAGGGGUUGAGAUGGCGGACAUACUCUCUUUCAAUCUUACACAGACUCAGACAGAACUCGGUUCCUUCAAAGCUCGCAAAAUGAACGACCCCGAUUUGUCCACUAAGCUCAAGCUCAUGGGGGUGGAUGUAGCCUCCUUUGGAGACUUCUUCGCCGAUAAACGGUCCAAAGAGCGUAUCGCUGCGGAAACGGCUGCGACUACACAUGCAGCCAGACUCAAAGCGGCGGCCGAGACCCAAUCCCAUUGUAUCGGAAGUGUGAAGGCCAAUGGGGAAGUGGAAAAGAGAAGGCAAAGGGCAUUCGAGGAGCGGCUAGACGAACCCAUCAAAUGCUUGACGUAUAAGGAUCCUUUCGCUUCUGUCUACAAAAAGUACAUCUUCAGCGCGGAUGGGAAGCAUCUACUUGGAGGUAUGAUGAUCGGUGACGUGAGCGAUUACGUCAAGCUCGUCGGCAUCGUCAAGAAGAAGAAACCAUUGGAGGUAUCCCCUUCGGAGUUUAUCGUUGGUCGUCCCAAAAACGGGGAAGAUGAUGGAGGUGAUUUGGACGAUGACACUCAAGUUUGCUCCUGCCACAACGUCACGAAAGCAGAUAUCAUUGGUGCCGUCAAGGGUGGCAUCGGUAACAUCGGAGAUCUUAAAGCGAAGACGAAGGCUGGGACUGGAUGCGGUGGGUGCAUCCCAUUGGUAACGAAUAUUUUCAAGGCCGAGCUCAAGAAAGCUGGUGUGGAGACAAACAACAACGUUUGCCAACACUUCAACAUGUCUCGCGCUGAACUCUUUAAUGUCAUCAAGAUAAAACAGCUGAAGGACUUCCCGACCGUCAUGAGUACCCUUGGCAUGAACAAGAACGCCAUAGGUUGCGAGCUCUGCAAGCCCGCUGUCGGAUCCAUCCUCAGUUCACUCUACAAUGAGCACAUCAUAAAGCCUAUCCAUAAUCAGAACCAGGAUACGAAUGACAAGUAUCUCGCAAACAUCCAACGAAACGGGACCUUCUCGGUUGUCCCUCGAAUAUCAGGAGGGGAAAUUACUCCUGACGGUCUCAUAGUUAUAGGUCAGGUGGCAAAGAAAUAUGGCCUGUACACCAAGAUCACAGGAGGGCAGCGCAUCGAUAUGUUUGGGGCGCAGAAGCAAGAUCUUCCCAGCAUAUGGAGCGAGCUCGUUGAAGCUGGGUUCCAAAGUGGACACGCUUAUGGAAAAUCGCUUCGCACCGUUAAGUCGUGCGUUGGGACCACAUGGUGCCGUUAUGGAGUUGGGGAUUCAGUUGGGCUGGCAGUUCAGCUUGAAGAGCGGUACAAGUCGAUCCGAGCGCCCCAUAAGAUCAAGGGCGGAGUGAGCGGCUGCGUGCGCGAAUGUGCGGAAGCGCAAUCAAAAGAUUUUGGGCUCAUUGCCACCGACAAGGGUUGGAAUUUGUUCAUAGCUGGCAACGGGGGAGCGAACCCUCGUCACGCUACUCUCUUUGCCACAGAUGUUCCACCCUCUCGAGUGGUGAGGCUCAUUGACAGGUUUCUGAUGUACUACAUUCGUACCGCCGAUAAGCUGCAACGGACAGCCCGGUGGGUAGAGAAUUAUGAAGGCGGUAUUGAGAGGCUGAAGAAGGUUCUUAUCGAUGAUGAGCUGGGAAUAUGUGGCGACCUAGAGCGUGAAAUGGACGCAUUAAUAGGAACCUACGAAUGCGAGUGGACUGAAGUUGUACGCAAUCCUGAACGGCAGAAAAUAUUCCGUCAAUUCGUGAACACGGAUGAAACACGGCUGGGUAUCGAGACAAUUGUCGAGCGGGAACAAAAGCGGCCGGCUGACUGGCCCAAGGAGUUUCCCGGCGUCCACAUCACUGAAAAUGAUAUAGGGGUAGCUCGAGCGGAUUGGAAAUGGCGUCCGCUCGCCCAAGUGUCGGAUCUUGCCCCAUCAGACGACCAUUCUACCUCUGCGACUGUUAAGUAUGGGGACUCCCAGUUGGCAAUCUUCCAUGUGCCUAAGCGAGGAUACUACGCAACGCAACAGAUGUGCCCUCACAAGCGAGCGUUCGUACUGGACCAUGGCCUUGUGGGUGAUGACAGUAACGGGAACGUCUACGUGUCAUGUCCCCUUCAUAAGCGGAAUUUCAACUUAAGUAGUGGCGAGUGCUUAAACGAUACGAACUUUGGAAUCCUAGCCUUCGACGUGGUAGAAGAAGAUGGACUUUUGCUUGUUAAACUGCCGGAAGAAAACGAGUUGGACCAAGCAAUUGGAACAAGCAAGUGGAUGGUUCGGAACGCAACUGCAGAAGCGUUCGGCAGAGGCGGUGGGACACAAAUUGAAAUCGUAGGGCCAGAUGGCCGUAUCAAGGAAGGCCACCAAUCAACGUCAUCAUGCUCGACCGGGGGUGCUACCGCCGGCUGCGGCAAUCAUGGGAACUCCAGCCUUGAAUGGUGAUUUGACGUUGUGCAUUAAUAUUAUACGUUAGCACUUUACGACAAUGUUAUUCACCAUGAUCAUCGCAGAUUUGAAAUGGGCUACAUA